GGGGCGGCAUUUUGAAAUUUGAAAACUACUUUUCCGUUGCACAAACAAAAACUCGUUUUCCGUUGCACAAACAAAAAAAGAAAACUCGUUCUCCUCUUUUCUCUUUCGAUUUCAAUUUCACUCCACAAUUGACUCCCGAUCCAGAUUGGUGAGGGCGGUGGACUACGCCGCGACAUUCGCCGCCAACAGACGCCGUCAAGGUGUGGUACUCGACGAGGCAGCCGCACGUCUCGGUGCGUUUGAACAUCCAGUUCAGAGAUUGCCAUCGGGUUCUCGGGUGCCUGGAUCGUUGAUUGGGGGAAAUUACACUUCGUGGAGGCCUGUUCGUGGUAACGGGAGUGGUCACAGGGGGCCCCGUGGUCACAGUCCGACGGAACCUAUGUCUUGGCCUAGGCGUGGAGGAAGAGCUGGUGCUUCACGAAGUCUCUUGCCUUCUUGGUGGCCGAGGGGGAAUCUACGUGACAUAACGCAUAUUAUGCGGGCAGUUGAGACUUCAACAACUCACCAACAACAACGUGGUGUUCUCCAAACUCCAGUAGCAUCGGCAUUGGCAGAAGAGCACAGUUCCGUAAUGGUGACUCCUGCUCCUGCUGUGGGAUUGAAGUGUAGUGGCCCAGCGUCAACUGCUAGCCUCCGUAAGAGGGUGCGUGACUACAUCAACAAGGAGAUUGCAGCGGGGGAGGAAGAAGGAGCAGGGUUCAUAACACCCCAGAAAAUGCUACUCAAUUCUAUAUUGAGAUGGUGGAGAAGCUUGUGACAUCAGAGCUUCACAGAAUGCAGAGCACAAGAGAAAGGGAAGAGAGGGAGACAGUUGUGAAGCACUUAGUUUCACUAAGGUGAUCAUAACAGGAGAACAUUUUGACUACUAUUAUAGGUUUUAUGUUUUGUGAAAAAAUGUAGAGUUUAUAGAUGUAUCUCAAUAACUCAUUGAUAAGGCCGAGAACAAUACAUCUUCAUUGGUGGAGAUGAAGUAACUGAAUCAAUAAUAGCAUAGGAAUUUGGAAGUU